CUUUUUCUAAAGUGGGACUUCCCCGAGCGAAAUGCGAAGUACGAAAUGCCCAAGCUCUUUUGCAGUGUGCACCGCGCUGGGGUCCACGGCCCUCGUCCUGGACGUCACCUGGAGCGGCUGGGACAAGCUGCGGCGCUUGGCGCGGGCCGCGGGCACGCCGUACCUGCAGGCCGACGUGUCCGUGAGGCACUUCUUGGCGGCGGCCGACGACGUGCUGCGCUACCGCAACGUCACUGACGCGGCCCUCGUCUUCGAGAGCGAGGAGGGUACGCACUGGUACACGCGCUGGAUGCUGGUGGACACGGCGCUGGCGACGGGGCUGCGCGACACCAGCCUGCUCAACAACUCCACCAUCCCGGUGACGCUGCUCACGCCGCGCGCCUCGCUGUGCUGCGCGCUGCGCGGCGAGGACACCGACGAGGGCCCCUGCACGUGCCCGCAGCCGCGGCGCCUGCACGAGAUGCUGCUCCCCGCCAUCGCGGACCUGCUACACGAGCUGGCGGCCGCGGCGCGCGCCAGGGGCGUCGCCCUGGACAAGCAGGAGGCCGUGGAGGCCGAGGCCGAGGUGGUGGGCGAGUGGUCGCACGCUUCGGGGUACACGCCGCGCGGCGAGAUGCCGCCCCUGCGGCGCUACUUCCGCGUCGGCAUCGUGCAGAGCAUGCCGUGGGCGUACCGCGAGAACGGCGAGUGGACGGGCUACUGCGUGGACUUCGUGGGCCGCCUGGCCUCCAUGAUGGAGUUCGACUACGAGCUGGUGCCCAGCGACGACUACGGCGAGCGCGACAAGGCGACGGGCCGCUGGAGCGGCGCGCUGGGGGACUUGGUGGCGGGCAGGACGGACCUGCUGGCCGCGGACCUCACCAUGACGGCCCAGCGCGAGGAGGCUAUCGACUUCGUGCCGCCCUACUUCGAGCAGUCCGGCAUCUCCAUCGUGAUCCGCAAGCCGGUGCGCAAGACGUCGCUCUUCAAGUUCAUGACGGUGCUGCGGCUCGAGGUGUGGCUCAGCAUCGUGGGCGCCCUGGUCAUCACGGCGCUCAUGGUGUGGCUGCUGGACCGGUUCUCGCCGUACUCCGCGCGCAACACCAAGUACCCCUACCCCUGCAGGGACUUCACGCUCAAGGAGAGCUUCUGGUUCGCGUUGACGUCGUUCACGCCGCAGGGGGGCGGCGAGGCGCCCAAGGCGCUGUCCGGGCGCACGCUCGUGGCCUCGUACUGGCUGUUCGUCGUGCUCAUGCUGGCCACCUUCACCGCCAACUUGGCCGCCUUCCUCACCGUCGAGCGGAUGCAGACCCCGGUGCAGAGCUUGGAGCAGCUGGCGAGGCAGUCCCGCAUCAACUACACCGUGGUGGAGGGCUCCGAGGCGCACCACUACUUCCAGAACAUGAAGCUGGCGGAGGACACCCUCUACAGGGUGUGGAAGGAGAUCACGCUGAACGCGAGCAGCGACGAGACCCAGUACCGGGUGUGGGACUACCCCAUCAAGGAGCAGUACGGCCACAUCCUGCUGGCCAUCGAGCGCGCCGGCACCCUGCCCAACGACAGCGUGGGCUUCCAGAAGGUGCUGGACAGCGAGGAGGCCGAGUUCGCCUUCAUCCACAACGCGGCGCACGUGCGCUACGAAGUGAGCAAGAACUGCAACCUGACGGAGGUGGGGGAGGUGUUCGCGGAGCAGCCGUACGCCCUCGCCAUCCAGCAGGGCAGCUACCUGCAGGAGGAGCUCAGUCGCAGGAUCCUGGAGCUGCAGAAGGACCGCUACUUCGAGGCUCUGACGGCCAAGUACUGGAACUACAGCCGGCUGGCCGAAUGCUCCGGGGACGGCGACAACGAGGGCAUCACGCUGGAGAGCUUGGGCGGCGUGUUCAUCGCCACCCUGUGCGGCCUGGCCUUCGCGCUGCUCACGCUCGGCGCCGAGGUGCUCUACUACAAGCGCAAGCAGGGCUCGUCCGUGUCGGACCUGCAGUCCGAGGCCACCAAGAAGGGCCAGGGCCGCUCCGGCCUGGGCUCGGCCAUCAUGCCGCCCGUCGACACCAACGACAAGACCGUGCUGCUCACCAAGGCGUCGUUCGCGGCCCUGGCCAAGCAGCGCCGCAACGUGGCCAUGCCCUCCAUCGCGGAGAUGGGAGGCCGCCAGGGCCCGCCGGGGACGCUGGGCCCGACCCCCACCCCCGGCGUCGCAUACAUCUCCGUCUUUCCCCGAGACCUCUACUGA